UUCAUAUUCAGUCGACUCGUGGAUUUCUUGAAGAGCAGACGUAUUUUUGAGCAUUUCUCUUCGCACAGUUUUUCAACAACAAUAUUGCGCUGUAUGCAUUUGGAGCUCAGCGAACGAAAGAAAGAAGAAAAAGAAGCAAAACAUAACAUAAACUGUAGAAAAGCAAGAAACGCAUUUACUGUAUUUUCUCAACGAAACGAAGCACAACCGAGAAGAAACAACCAUUCAGCUAGCAAGCGUGCAUAUAUACACAUGGUGAAAAGAAAUUUUUGAAUAUAUAUAUUUUUUAUUUCACUGUGACGACAACGACGACGACGCGCGCGAUAACCAACGGAAGAAACGUAGCAACGACGAUCGAGAAGAAAGAUUUUUCGAAACCAGCUACGAAGAACAUCACACAGCAACACACAGCUACAAACGAAUAAAACAAAAUUAUUUCUUUUUAUCCAACAAUAAAAUCGACAAAGUAAAAGCACUUUCUAUUUGAGAAAUUCUUACUAAGUGUAUAGUGUACACAAGAGUUUUGUAAAUACUUUCCAACGAUCGCCCAAAAACAGACGGAGAAACAGCAUUUUUUUGUUGUUGCUAAAAAAAAGUACGAUUUGCCAUUGGAAAUAGGACAGAAUUCAUUAAUAUAAACAUACUUCCGAAACGGUUUUUGAGCGCAACAACGAAAAAAAAUUCGCCGCGCGAAAAUCAUUUUGAUCGUGCUAUUGUUUUUAUGUGUCACACAGUUGAUAGUGAUUGCAUUCAUUCGUAAUCUCUCGAUGUGUAUUGCAUUUAAUUUGUGUGGGUGAAUUUUGAAGCGCAAUCCACGGUGAUUCAUCGUGUAACGUCAACCCAAGGAAUAAAAAUGGUGAGAAUGUUGGCAGGUGAAAAAUAGAUUAGCCGCAUUCACAGACAGUGUUAGUGUUUUUAUUCCAGCCGCAUAAAAAACGGUCGUGAAAUACUUUUUAUCACUUAAGACGACGAACAAAAAUGUGGACAAAAGUGUUCCGUUAUCAAAUCAAUAAAUUGUAGUGUUUUUUUAAAUAAAUAAGUGCUUCAGAAUGCUGCUGAUCCACGUAUGAUCAGUUUUUAGACUCACAAACGAAAAGAUUUGAAAGAAAAUUGAAAAGAGAGAGACGAAGAAGAAAAACAAAAAUCAACUUGAGGAUUACGAACUAAACAUUCCAUACAAAUUGAAUCAUUCUGCCAUAGACGUGAUCACUCUAUUGGAAAUAAGUCGAAGAAGAAAAAAAAAUCCCAAAAUCAAUUCAUUGCGCAUAGCGAAAAACUAGAACGAAUAAACACACUUACAGUAUAACACACAUAUAUAACAACAACAAAAACAACAUAGAAAACAAUCGAAAAUGUAUCACAGACAACAUUUACAAAUCAAUUAUUUUACGAUAUUUGGAAUAAUAUGGUUAAUUGGAUAUGCAAACGCGCAAUCGUGCAGCUUUCCCGGCUCACCUGCUCACAGCAACGUUGAAUUCUCGGACGAUUCACUGGAAAGUGGCACAAUAGCAUCGUACACAUGCGAACGAGGUUUUGAACUAUUAGGACCAUCACGACGCGUUUGUGACAAUGGACAAUGGACUCCAGAUGGCAUCCCAUUCUGUGUUUUGAAUGUGGCAGCCGGCAAAGCACCUAUGCAAAUUUCAACUGAAGGCGCUGGAAUCCCACAAAAGGCCAUUGAUGGUUCAACAUCGGCAUUUUACACAGCCGAAACGUGUUCGCUAACCAAGCCCGAACGCGUUCCAUGGUGGUACGUUAAUCUAUUGGAACCAUACAUGGUGCAAUUAGUUCGAUUGGAUUUCGGUAAAUCAUGUUGUGGUGACAACAAAUCAGCAACUAUAGUCGUACGUGUGGGAAAUAAUCGACCAGAUUUAGGUACGAAUCCGAUUUGCAAUCGUUUCAAUGGCGUAUUGGAAGAGGGUCAACCACUUUUCUUGCCAUGCAACCCACCAAUGCCUGGCGCCUUUGUUUCCGUUCAUUUGGAAGUGAAUACACCAAGUCCGUUGUCCAUUUGCGAAGCAUUUGUUUACACCGAUCAAGCGUUGCCGAUCGAAAGAUGUCCCGUUUUUCGUGAUGCCCCGCCAGGUGCCGUAGCUUCAUACAAUGGAAAAUGUUACACAUUCUAUAAUCGACAACCGUUGAAUUUCCGCGAAGCAUUACAAUUCUGUCGUUCACGCGGUGGUACUUUGAUCAAUGACAGUAAUCCAGCAUUGCAAGGUUUCAUCAGUUGGGAAUUGUGGCGCCGACAUCGUAGUGAUGUAUCGUCACAAUAUUGGAUGGGAGCUGUGCGCGACGACAAAGAUCGAAACGCAUGGAAAUGGGUUGGCGGCGAAGAAGUUACUGUGUCAUUUUGGAAUUUACCUGGUGGCGAUGAGAAUUGCGCACGAUUCGAUGGUUCGAAAGGAUGGCUCUGGAGUGACACCAACUGUAACACACCACUCAAUUUCAUUUGUCAACAUCAGCCGAAAGCAUGCGGUCGACCAGAGCAACCGCCAAAUUCAACAAUGGUCGCUACAACUGGUUUUGAUGUUGGCGCUACCAUUGAAUAUAAUUGCGAUGAUGAACAUCUUUUGGUUGGUCCAGCGAAAAGAUCUUGCAUGGAUACCGGUUUUUACAAUGAAUUCCCACCAGUUUGCAAAUAUAUUGAGUGUGGAUUACCAGCAUCAAUUUUGCAUGGAUCAUACGAUUUGGUCAAUGGUUCCGUUGGCUAUUUGAGCACAGUGAUUUACCGAUGUAACGAAGGUUACGAAAUGAAUGGAAGAGCAAUGUUAACUUGUGACAUUGAUGAAAGAUGGAACGGACCACCACCACGAUGCGAACCAAUUGAAUGUGAAGAGCUACCAGAAAUCUACGAAAAUGCACGAAUUGUUUCGAUCAAUGGAACAACUGAAUAUGGUGCCAAAGCUGAGAUUGUUUGUUCAAAUGGCUUCAAACCGGACGGACCACGAUUCAUUGCUUGUUUAUCAACCGGACAAUGGAGUGCACCGCUUUUGCCAUGCAUUCGAGAUGCGAGAGUCUCUGUACCGCCGCAACAAACUACAAUUGGCACGACUCCACGAAAACCAACGCGCACAUCAUCACGUUAUACAACAACACCGAUCACAACAACUGAAUAUGAAGAAGACGUAUCUGAAGAAGAAAUUGUGCCGACAAUGAAUGAUAAUAUCAUACCACGCAAACCGAUCGUUCCAGCUUUGACACCAACCAAAAAUGGUCAUGCAAUUCCAGCGGCAACACAUCGACCCAAGACAGCUCCGCCAUCACUUAAUACAAAUCCAAUUCCAACAACAACCGGUCGAACAACAACAACCACAAAUAAUGCACACAAUAUCAUUCAGGCAGCACAUCCACAGGACAAUGAAAUUGCUGGCAGCGUUAACAUUAGAUCGGAUCAAUCACCGAAUGUGAAUAUUCCAUAUUUGGUUGAGAAUGAUCAACAUCGAGAAACGCAUGGUGCAAAAUUGAAUCUAGGGGCAAUUAUUGCGCUUGGUGCUUUCGGUGGUUUCGUAUUUUUGGCUGCAAUUAUCACCACCAUAGUCAUUUUGAUCCGAAGAAACCGUACCACACAACACUACCGUCAUCGAGCGUCACCUGAUUGCAAUACGGUUGCAUCAUUCGAUAGCUCCAGUUCCGAAUCAAGAAACGGUCUAAAUCGUUAUUAUCGCCAAGCCUGGGAAAAUUUACAUGAAUCCGCAUCGAAAAAUUCAAACAAUCAUGCCGCAUUACGUAGAAAAGAGACACUUGACCAACCAAAUCUAAGCCGAUCACGUGAUAAUUUAAGUCGUUCUAGGGAUAAUUUAGAUAGUCGCGCUCGUGAAUACAAUAGAGAUAAUUUAGGAUUAAGAGAUGGCUCCGAAAUGAUUGUCACCGAUGUUUGCGUUAAAGGUGAAAAGAAACGACACCACCAUCACCAUCACAAGCCAGCCGCUGCUCGUGACUCACAUUUAGUUGCAUCGAACGCUAGACGCGAUCACCGAAAUGGACACUAUUGACGAAGUCGACCAACACGUACCAUGGUUUUAACAAUCAAAUUAGAUGAAUGAAUUUUGACACAAAAAAAAAUCCAAUACAAAUCAAGAACAAUUCGUACUCGAUGCGCAAAUGACAGUGACAAAAUGAUUUAUUCAACAUUAAGAAAAAAAUUAAGAGACAAUAAUAUUUUAUUCGAUUAAACUUUUGGCGACGAUCCAACUACGUUUAAAUAAGGAAGACCAAAUAUUAUGAUAUGAUAAUAAUACACUGUAAUAGCAAACAAAAAAUAUUGAUUUUACAAAUGGCAAUUUAUUUUCAAUGCAGGCAGUUUUUUCAUUUGGCAAUUUUAAAAUACUUUUUUUUUCAGUGAAAAAGUACCGUUUCCAAUUGCAUUGUAUCAGUAUUUUAAAUGAAGCAUCGUGCCAUGCACAAGCCGAUGCACAAAUUUUAACAUUUUACAAUAAUCGACCGGAUUUUGUCUCGUUUGUUUGAUAGAAUUUGAAAGGUGACAUUGACUUAACAGGACUGAAGCAAAACAAUCACAUUUCAAUUCAAUUUUAUUUUGCAUUCGAAGAAACCAGACAUAAACAAAAAACCGGUUGAAUGUUUUAAUAACCAAUUUUAAUGUUUUUAACUUAUUAUCAUCAACUAAUCACUAAGUUUUAACACACAACAGAAAUCCAUCAUUUCAUUGAAUAUUAAUUGUUUGGAAAGAGAAAGAGUUUCGUAGUUAAAGCAAUUUGUGCCAUUUGGGCCACAACAAACUUAUAUUUUAAACGACAGACAAACAAUCUAGAUAUUCCAAGCGAUAGAUAAGUGACAUUGUUUCAACAAACCACACACAUACACACUCUCUCUUUUUUAUGAAGUUGUUUUACUUCUUUCACCCGAAAUCGAAGCACACAGGUGCACGAAAGAUGAAUCCCAAUUACUAUUGCUGAAAAUGCAGUUAUUUGGAUGAAACAGAACAUUAUAACUGGUUCUAAAGAAUGACAUAGAGUUACUUUAUAGUUUUUUAAAAAAAUGGUUAUUUCUUCUAUUAGAACAAAAAUGUUUUGUAUCGACGGAUCGAAGCAUAUACUGUAACAUAUAGUAUUGAAAAAUGUUUUAUGAACAAGUGUCUUAGAUUUAUGAAUAAUUUUACUAUCGAUUUAUUAUAAGAAAUCUCCCAUUUUUUAAAAAGAAGAACAAACAUUGUAAAUAAUGGUUCUAAGUAUAAGCACAAAAUGUUAAAAU